AGCAAUGCCCAAAUUUCCAUCAAUAAACAAUAGGUAUUCUGAUUUCAUUCAAGAAACAUCAAAUUCUUCAUGGAAGCUGCACUCUGCCUUGGCUAUGGACCUUUGCCCAGCAUUUCCCUUCGCACAGUGCCAGCCUCCACCAGACUUCAUUUCGGGUUUAACCCUUCUUUUUUAUUGGUUUCGAGUGGCUUCAUAACGAAUCACCGACAAUGUCGUAGGUUCUAUGGUCCGGGACCUCUUGCACUUGACAGGUCUAAUUCGUCAAUGGCUUCUGCAAACGAAAAUGGUGGUGCCAAAGUUGUUCGAGGGGCAGUUGGGGCGUCUCUUGCUUUGGCUUGUGCAUUAGGCAUCAUCGGUUGUGGCUGUAAGAUGAACUUUAAAGCUAUUGCCGGCCCGAAGCCUGUUUAUCGGAAAGCUCCAUCUUUCGAACAUAUUGCACCUCCAGCACCGAGGAAAAUGGCACUCAAGUCAUUGUUGGAUGUCACGGUGAACCUCGCUUCAAAAGAGGGAAGAAGGGCCAGGGACAGUCCAGGGUCACAAAUCCCUGGUCCACGGCCUUCAUCUCCAUCAAAGGAUCAAAUUGAUCAACUCAAGAAAGAGGCAGUGAGCCUAAUGAAACGUGGGCUGCCUGAGGAAGCACUAUAUAUGUUGAAGAAUGAAUACAAGAAAUAUGAAAUGUCGGAACCUGAGGCGGCUUAUUACAUGAACAUGGUACUAGUUGAAAUUUUGAUCAGUCAGGGAAAAUACGAAGAAGCCUAUGAGUUUAUGACUUCUCAUGAUCAGAAGAUUUCAGAGUUGGAUGUUCGGCCUACUCUUUACAAGGCUAUUAUAUGCACCAUGUUAGAUAAAGAUGAUGAAGCGCAGCGUUUAUGGGAUGAUUUCGCAGGAUCCGUUGGAGGGUUUUUCCCCCAUGGUUUCUAAUUGGCACAAUAUGGCAGGAGAGUUGGGGGCAUAAACAACAAAACUAAUUACUUCCAUACAAUUUAGUCCGAAACAGAAACCCCAUGAUUUUCAAGUUAAUUAGUAUAUCCAUAUGUAUUUAUGCCUUUAACCCAGAGAUUGCUCAUAUGAAAUCACUAUUCUUUGUGCUCCAUCUAUAUAUCAAAUUAAAGAUUGAAAUCAACAAGAAACAAAAGAAAGAUUAGAAACAGAAGAAA